UUUCUGUCUGCCACUUUCAUAGUUCACUCAUGUCUGUGGGACUAGAAGCCGAUUUUUCCAGCGACGAGGUGUUUAUGAGCCGGUUUCCCUUCCACCGCGCUUGUCGGGAUGGAGAUGUUGGAGCUUUGGUCUCACUGUCACAGCAGCUCUCAGACCAGCCUCAUCUAACUGUUGAGGACUCCUGCCACGGUUGGACCCCCAUACACUGGGCUGCUCACUACGGACAGCUGGAGUGCGUGGUGCGCCUGGUGCAAAUGGGUUGUGAGGUGAACGCGGUGACAAGCCGCUUCAAUCAGACGCCAACACACACUGCAGCAUUUGGAGGACAUCCUCAGUGUGUGUUGUGGCUGACUCAGGCUGGAGCUGACGUCAACAAACAGGAUUUUGUAGGUGAGGCUCCAGUCCACAAGGCAGCUCGGUCAGGUAGCUUGGAGUGUAUCCAGGUCCUGUUGAUAGCAGGUGCUAAACCCCAUUUAAGGAAUGCCAGUGGGCAGACAGCAGCAGACCUGGCCCUCGCUCACGGCUUCCAUGACUGUUUCUGCCUCAUCUCUAAAACCCAGAAGCACCUGCUGCAGCUCAGCGGACUCCAUGUGAACGGAGUGCAGAAUAGAAACAGUGCCCCGUGUGGUCAGGAGCUGCUCAGCAGAAAGAGGCUGCAGACUGCCAUGGACACUGGUCACAUGAAGAAAGCCAGGAGAGCUGAUAAUGUGGUGCAGAUGCAAAGCAGUGGAGGUGAGGAGCUGGAGAGCAUGAACAUGGAGUCUGCACAGGAGCUCAGCUCAGCAGAUGACACCAAAGCCAUCACCAACGGCCACCAUCACACACCUUAUGCUGACCAGGACGACCUUGAGCCACCCAAAAGCCUCUCCUCAACGUCCCCCCCUCCAGUCGAUCAGCAAGCAGCAGCGGCUGCUCAGCACUCGUUACCUGACAUGUGUGGUUCACUACAUCUGACGGGCAGCCCCAGCAGUUACGUGUCCCACCGGCCGACCUGGUUGGGGCUGAUGGGAGCAGACUGCGGGGACUUCCUGCAUUACGGACACUACCAUGGCUUUGGAGACACGGCAGAGGAACUGAGCGACAGUAGCCGCCUGGACUACAGCAACAGCAUCCAGGCUGAGCACAGAUACAAGCAGGCUGUGGCCAGCACCAUCCACCUGUACCACGGCUCAUAAAGACAGAGGGUUAGCCUAUUAGGGAAGGAUUACUCUGCUAUGCUUUCUCUUAACUUGCAUUACACAACAUUCUGACAUUUGAAAAAAUAAUCAUUUGCUGCCAAUCCCUGAGUCAUUACUACAGAUAUCCAGGACAUAUUUAAUCUAGUUUGAUGAUAUAUUUCUACUUUCAUUGGGUAGAGUUAAAAUAAAUGCAAGGGUUAGGAUAAAUGCUGUGGGCACAGGGCAGGUAGGAUUCUGUAGGUGUUAUGUAAAUGUUGAGGAGCAAAGGAGAGUGGUGUAUAAGCAGAGAAAAAUAAAAACAAGAGCAGAGUCAUUGACAAAGGAGGGAGCAAAAAGAGAGUAUAUGGAGGGGAGGAAAUGGAAAGGGAAAAAAAUCUACUCCAGCUUUUUUUUUUUUUUUAAUCUUUUGUGUCUAUUGUUUUGUUAUUUUCCUUUCCUUUUUUUAAUCAUCCCCUCUCUCCGUUAGGCUAUCUAUCUCUAUCAUUUACCCCCCCACUGAACAGCUCCCCGAAACAAUGGGAGAGAGUCUGUUCAUGUGGAGAAAUAUUUUUUUUAUUUGUUUCAUGUCACACUCAAAAACCUAGUGUUUUGUUUUAGUGAGUAUACUUAAUUGUGUUCCUUUUUCAGCAUGGACAUAUUUCAGACUCAAAAACUGUUUUUCUGUUCUGAAGUUCUGAGUAACAGCAAACUUUUGUUUCCAGGAUUUUGGAUUUAUAUCAAUGAAGAUUAGAUUUGUGACUCAUUGGCUCUGGGGUAGUUGAAUUCUUCACCUGCACUGCAUCUCAAUCUAAUUGGUCAUAAAAAAGUGUUAUAAAAGAGUGUUUUCCCUUUGUUUCCAGCUUACAUAUGACAUUCACUUUGUGGCUUGACAGUUUCUAUGAGCCUGUUGUUCUUUUCUCAACUUCCUGGGUCAACUUCAAAUCUCCAUACUGAAGUUGAGCGUAAAGAAACACCCACACAUUAUUUCUGUAUUUACAACAUUGAUUUGAUUUUUCUGUUAAUCUGCUGCUGGCUGGUUUGCACUAAUAAGGGCUGUCAGGUUGCAUUAUGUGUUAUGCUAUUAUGUUUUGUGUGUGUGUGGACAGUACUUGAGGUGUGUUUUGGGGGAGGCUGUCCUCUCUGAAUGUGGCCUGAUCUGCCGUCCUUCAGCAGGGAGGAACAACUGUACCGACACCCAAAAAAUGCCUUGUGAGCUUUGAUCUACCAAAGGGAAUCUGUUCUGGGUUUGUGUUUUUGUUCAUUUCAUUCAUGUUCAUUUGUUAUAUGUUUUAGAGUAGAUUAGUGUCUUUAUUUAGAGCUGUACUGUAAUCUGAUAUAUCACACUGUAGGAUGAUUGUAACAUACAGUGUGCUGAAGACGUGCUGCCUCUUUUUGUAAACACUAUGUCAGCUGUGUGGGAAUGUGCACUGUAUGCCAAGAAGUGACUUACACCAAGCAGACACUGCUGCUUCUGACAGCUGUUUUUAUACUUGUUCUGGUUUUUGCCUCUUUUCCUAUUAAAACAUGUUUUGUACUUUAAUAAAAAUGGU